AUAUCAUUGUAUUGUCCCACAGACUCUGAAACAGUACGGUCUUUCCCCCAGUUUGAGACGCACAGCUUUCGCUCCACCGCUUCCUUCCGCAUUCAGUUCUACAAACUUCCAAGCAUCCUUCCACCAACCACUUCUCCGGUUCACUUUACAACGCGCCUUUCUUUCCGACAAGCCCAGCGUCCGGAAAACAUCGCAAACAACAUAUAGACCUCAGGAGAACUAUCCUACAUUUCUGGAAACCACGAUCUCGAGUAUCAUGGCGGAUCGGAAGCGAAGUCAACUAACGAUGUCUUCUCCACCAUCACCCCACAAGAGAGCAAAAAUAAGCCCAAACACCUACGAGUUACGCCAGAUUUUCGGCGAGGCGAAAAUGUUGUUAGACAACUCGGCCAACAAGACAUGGACGAUGACACAUGAAAGCGAACAAAAGUUCUUCAUCUUAUUUGACGAGCGGGGUGAACAUGUCCAGGCUAUUUUAACGGCACCCUUCUCCUCCAUCGAUUACACUAUUGGCGAUCCCAAGGUAAUAGCCCACAGCCAUCACCAAGAUCGCAAUUUGAACCCACGACAACUUUACAUGGAAUUUUCAGACCCGCAACAGAGUGCCAAUUUCGUGGAAGAUAUGGUGUCGACCUGCAAUCUCAAAGCCAGGAGGAGAGAGACGGAUUAUCUAAGUAAGGCUUUUACUAUACUCGAGAACAACAAGUUCGAUCACACCCGAAGCAUAUCGAAGCGAAUUGCUGAAGAGCAACCGGAGGACGUCAGGCUCACUCUGGCCAGAUCUCCUGGUGUGAGACAUGCAAACAAGCCUAGUCCAGACAGUGGCAUGUCCACUGCUACAAAUAGCCAAAUCGCUCCUCUUGACAGAAGCUCUACCAAGAGGAACGUUGUCAGCCUCGAGAAAGAUUUCGAAAGAGAUGGGACGGACGAGUUGACUGUCUACAAUACUGGUACUCCUGAACAAAGACAUAAUCUGCAAGAAGUUAUUCAGGUAUUGGCUGGCCAACGACUGGAGGCUCUUUUUGAAGAAGAUCAGAAACUAGUGGAGCUCACAAAGACAAGCAUCACCUUAUACCAAGGUAUGCGAAUGCCUGUAUUUAUUGAGCAGCUGGAGAUGUUGCCAAAUGUCCAAAUUUCCAGACAGCCUAAUCAAGCUUUCACACUUGCCUUCUUGAAGAGGGUCCUUGGUGGACAUGCUCGCGCAGAAGGCUGUUAUGCCGUCCCGCCAAAAUCACGCACGAACCGUCUAUUCCCGGAUGUAAUCGCCUUCAAAGCCCUCAACCCCAACCAUGAUCCACUUCUACCUAGGCAUCCUGGACAGCAUGGUGCUCAAAUAUCGUGCAUUCCUCGUUCCGGCGAUGAAUCUUUAGGAGAAUUUCCCCUAUUCAUACAACACUCAGAAGGAGGUUACCGAUAUUUUGGAUAUUACCGAGAACCUCGCGAACUUGAUCUGAUUGGUGGGAGCGAGAUCUCACAAGUCCCAAAACAUGUCAACCAGUACUGGGCAAAAUACUUAGGAAGAGCCACGCGCCAUACACCGAAAUCGCAGAUGGCCUUGAACGCACUUGUCCAUGGCUGGCCACGAGUAGCGAUUGGUUGGCUGCCGAAGGGCAGGAAGGAUCUCCUAGCUUACGACCCAGAUAUUGUUGAAGACGACGAUGAUCUUGCAAUUCAACGCCCAAUAACCGAGGCGGAAGCAGAGGAAAUUGAAGAGGCGCGAGUGUUGGAGGCUCUGGAGAAGGCGGACAAUGGACGUGGAGAGACGUUUAGACUUUGGUAUGAGUACCUGGAAUGCGUUUCCUAUGACCAAGAGUUCUACAAAAAGCUCGUCAUCAAACAACACGAAUUCAACACAUAAGCAACGAACCCAUUAUCUCCAGCACCAUAUGCCAAUGCCUGAACUAGAGCUACAGCCUAGAUUUUUUAUUUCCUUAUUUACUAUCAAUCAUUGCCAUAAUCGCUUCCUCGGACACU